AUGCCUCUCCUCGCACUCCUCGCGGUCGCGGCGCACGCGCCAGCCCUCCACCGCCCGCGCCUCGCGCGUGCAGUGCAGACCGUUCGCGUCUCGCUUCCAGCGCGCGCUCUCGCCGCCAGCGACGCCGACGACGCCGCGCAGCUGCCACCGGCUCUGCUGCCGCCACCCCAGCGGCGGCGCACGCUCGACCGUGAGCUGCGCUCGAUCGCGCUGCCGUCCCUGGCAGCGCUCUCGUGUGAGAACCUCCUCUCGCUCGUCGACACGCUCUACCUCGGCAGGCUCGGUGCGGCGGAGCUCGGCGCCGCCGGCAUCGGCAUCGCCGCCACCUAUUCAAUCGCGAAGCUCUUCGGCGACCCGCUGACCAAGACGUCGACGUCGCUCGUCGCCGGCGCCGAGGGCGACGCGCUCCUCUCCUCCGUCAUCGCCGCGCUCGCUCUCGCGCUCUUCUUGGGCCUCGUCCAGACGGCUGUCUUCACGGCCUUUGCCCCAAAGAUUGUCGCCGGCUUUGGUGCCUCCGCGGGGUCCCCCCUCGCCGCGCCCGCCGCGGCGUACCUGCGCCUCCGCUCGAUCGGCGCGCCCGCGGUGACGCUCCAGCUCGUGAUGCAGGGGCUGUACCGCGGGCUCGGCGACACUCUCACGCCGCUGCUCUGUACGCUCGCGGGCGCCGCCGCCCUCGACCCGAUUCUCAUCUUCGGGUGCGGCCUCGGCUGCUCGGGCGCGGCCGCCGCGACGGCGGCGGCGAACUAUGUCUCCGCCCUGCCGCUGCUACUCCUGCUGCUGCGGAGGCUCGCUCGCGAAGGCGGCAGCAAAGGGCGCGGCGUGCGGUUGCCACCGCCCGCCGCUCUGAGCGCCGCGGCGCGAGGGUACCUGGGCGCUGGCUCCGCCAUCUACGUGCGCACGGUUGGCAAGCUGUGGGGGUACUCUUACGCCGCGCGCGCGGCGGCGUCGCUCGGUUCGGUGCCCGCUGCGGCGUACGCGCUGACCUUCCAGCUGGGCGUGGCGACGACGCAGCUGUGCGAGGCUGUCUCGCUGGCGAUGCAGGCGCUGCUGUCUCGCGAGCUGAACAGGCGCUCUGCCCUGCUGCCUCCUCGGGGCGGCGACGAGGGCGACGAGGGCGACGAGGGCUCGCCGCCCGCCGCCUCCGCCGCCUCCGCCGCCUCCGCCGCCUCCGCCGCCUCCGCCGCCUCCGCCGCCGCUACCGCCGCUACCGCCGCUACCGCCGCCGAGGCGGCGCAGUGCGUGGCGGGCGCGCGGUUUGUGCUGCGGCGGGGGCUGCAGCUCGGGGGAGGCCUCGCCGCCGCCCUGUCGAUAGCGACGUGGUCUGUACGCGGCACUGCGGUCGGCAUUCUGACCACGUCGGCCGAGGUGCGCGCGGCGGCGAUCGCCGUCAUGCCGGCGGUGCUGAUCACGCAGGGCCUCGCGUACCCCGCCAACGCCGUGCUCAUGGGCGGGCGCGACUGGAUCGGCUCGACUGCCGCUAUGUGGGCCUCGAGCGCGGUGCUCGUGCUGCUCCUCUCGCGCCAGGUCUUUGGCAGCGGCCUGCUCGCGGUGUGGGCGUCGCUCGCGGCUUGCUUCGGCAUGCAGGUCGUCAUGGCGCUCGGCCGCGUCGCGAGCAAGACCGGGCCGUGGGGCGCGCUGAGAUGA